GUAUAUUGUGACCUAAGUUCGGCAAAACCCGUCUUGAAACCGGAACUAGUUCAUCUGUCAGAGUAGGAAAUAGCAUUUUGAGUUGAAGUUUCGACGUGUCCUUAUUUCAUCAAAAGCUAAAAGAACCGCGAUUGAUUGCAAAUAUGACAUUACAGUGGACAUUCAUAGCCUAUUUCCUCUACUCAGAGAUUGCAUUAAUAGUUGUUCUCCUGCUGCCAUUCAUCUCUCCAGCAAGAUGGCAGACAGUAUUUCGAUCUAAUCUUGUAGCCAAAGUAGCGAAGUUUUCCAACAUAUACUUCAAUGUGUUCAUCUUACUUCUCCUAGUCUUGUUUGGGGAUGCCAUCAGAGAAGAGAGGAAGUACUCUGAGCCAACAUCUGUGGUGGACCUGAAACAUAAUCCAGACACAGAAAACCUGGCCCAUAUGAAGAUGUUCAGAGCUCAAAGGAAUCUUUACAUUUCAGGCUUUGCACUCUUUCUGUGGUUUGUGAUCCGCCGCCUUGUGACGCUGAUAUCCACACAGGCUCAACUCCAGGCCCAGGCUGAAGCCAGCACUAAGCAGGCAAAGGGUGCAUCAGACCAAGCUAAGAAACUGAUGGACGAAAUUGAAAACCUGAAAAAUAUGGCCAAGCUUGAGGACACUGACCUGGAUGCUGUGAAAAGAGAAAAGGACCUUGCACAUGACUUGGAUGAUGCACAACAAGAACUCAAGAAGCUUAAGAAAGAGCUUCAAUCAAAGGAACUUGAUUUCAACACAUUGAAGAAGCAGUCAGAGGGUACCAACAAGGAGUAUGACAGACUCCUGAAUGAGCUAGCAGCUACACAGGCAAAGCUGGAGGCAUCGGCAGGAGGGGACAAGAAAUCUAACUGAAAGAAUUGUGGAAGACCGAGUGUUCCAAGUCCUGACAUUUAUCUGCAGUUUUUACUCUGUUGUUACGCAUUGAUACAUUAGUGAUUGCAAUUGACUGUUAUUGACAUCAUAUUUUCCCUCUUUUAUUCAAUGUGUUUAAUGUAAAACAUUUAUCCUCUAGCAAAUGAUAUUUUAUCAACAUGAGCUUAGAAUGACAUGUUUGUAUUAAAAAUUCAAAUUACCAUACUGUGUUUAGCCCUUUGCAUGCUGGGAAAUUCGAUGUCUGCUAAAAUAUUGUCUGCUGAAUUUAUAAAAUUAGUAUUUUCUUUUAUUUUAUUUUCAAAGAAUACUAACCGAAUAGCAAACAGUAAGGAUCCUAAUGAGACGCCAUGUCGUGUGGCGUUUCAUCUGGAUCCAAACUGGUUGCAAAGGCCUUCAAAAUUCGGUUCAAGCACUGAAAGAGUUAGGUAAAGUUAUAUUCUUUGUACUACUGAUAAAUAUCAAAUUUAAAAAUAUAAAUUUCUUUAACUAUUUAACGUUAAAUUAAUUGUUUCAUAUUUGUUUUGUUUAUUAGCAAUGUUAUAAUUUAAUAAAAUCUUAUUGUAUCUGUGCAUCUUACAUCUUACAUGUGUAUGUUAAGUUGUGUGUGUUUAUGUGUAUAUUUGCCUUUUCUGUUACUGUUGAUCCAUUGAUGUGUCAAAAUGUUUGAAAUGGUGUUUUCCUGGAAUGAUUUUACUUGAAUAUGAGUGUAUCUUCAGUAUAAAAGAAACUACAAUGUAUAAAUUUAUUAAAACAGAUUAAAUUCCGCGACAUUGUACCAGAAAAUCAAAGCUAAAUAAAGCCAAUUUAAAAUAGAUUGUAAGAUUUGUUUUUAACUUUUUAAAGAGGACAUUAAAUUAACAAUCUUUAGUAUUACUCAUUUAAAAUCAUGUAAGGGUGCUAAGUAUUAAAUUAAAUGUUAUCAUUAUUUCAUACCUUUAUGCUGAUAUUUACCUGAUACAAACGUGCUUGAGAAAUUAUCAAGUAAAUAUACAUUUAUAACAGUUAAUGUGUCAUUUAAUUAUGUAUCAACUAUUAAAUCAUCAUUUUUGGUAAAAACGAACCUGAUUCAACAAAAAUAUAAACAGUUUGAUACCAAGAUGUAUUCUAUUUUAGACACAAAAAGCAACAAAAACAGCAAAAACUGUAUUCUUCAAAUUUUAAGCUGAAGUGUUCAUAAUAAUUUGAUUGAAACAUCAUACAACAUAUUCAUCCUGCAUAAAAUGCAGUGUAGUAGUCAAUAUAUUUUAUAAUUAAUUUAUUUUCUUUAAAUAGGGGCAUGCUGGUAUACUUAUCAGAAAAACAGGUUAUUACCCAAUCGUAUGGUAAUAUAUAAGGCUGAGAUCAAAUAAAAUAGUGGCUAGGUAUGCUUGUCCAUAAUUUUAUUCAGAACCUUACCAGGUAUAUAACAAAACAUGGGGAAAUUUAACAGUUAUACUCUAUGUAUCCUUGUUUUUGUUUAGACAUAUUGCUUACACAUUUGUGGAGAUUACUAUCGUCACCAUGCCAUAUAUAUUAUGAAUUACUUUCAUAUAAUGUUUAACUUUGUUGUUGUUGGGUGAAACCAUUGUCUACUACCGGUAUACAGAGUUCUCCACCAAAUAACCCAAAAAAUGUCAUGGGCCAAAGCCUUAAAGCAUUGUCUGCAAGGUUUUAUUACCUAAAUGCGGUUGUAAAAAAGCAUGAUCAAAGUGUCACCAGAUAAGCACAACAGGACAAUUUCUGGUAACAUAGCAAUCAUAAAAAAUCUGCAAGAAAAGUUAGCGUAAUUAAUCAUGGAUGAAAACCUUUAUGUCUGAAAAUAAAGAAGUGAGAAAAAUAAUUAUUUUGGCUCAAGACAGGGCAGGUGUCCAAAAACUUCGCGCAAUUACAGAACUUUCAUAAUUGUAUUGACAAUGUUAAAAUCCCAUAUUAUAUUGAGAAUCACUCUUUUUGAAUUCUCUUGUUAUGCUUAAAUAAAUGAUAUAAUAAGA